AUGGGCUCUGGCCCUCACACUUGUGUGUAUCCAUACUCAAGUAGGGAUCACCCACGUGCAGACACAACCUUAAUUGCACAUGGAGUUCAACUUCUUGCUAGGCCGGACCAACCAUCUAUCACUGCAUUAGCUUUGAGAUCAGAGGGUGAAAGAAUCAGAGAUUACUGCAGCUCAUACUGUAGUUUUUCUCGGAAGACAAAUGGCGAAAAGAAAACUCCUUUAAUUGUUGGUGGCCGUGAUGUUGAUGGUGUUUUUAAGGUACUCGAUCGGAGACUUUGA